AAUAGAGCGCCACGCGGCCGGGCCGAGCGGGCAGGGGGACAGCGGGGGCGCCCGGUUGGAGUCCCCCCGACGGCGGGUCAUGGCUUCGCUGCUGGGGGGCUACGCCUGGUCGGAGCGGCUGGACUGCUCGGCUCUGGAGCUGUCCGACGCCGCCGCCGACGCCGCGGGAGCCCGGCCGGAGAAAAGCAGCGCCGAGAGCCGCAUCCGACGGCCCAUGAACGCCUUCAUGGUGUGGGCCAAGGACGAGAGAAAGCGCCUGGCCGUCCAGAACCCGGACCUGCACAACGCCGAGCUCAGCAAGAUGCUAGGCAAGUCAUGGAAGGCUUUGACCCCUUCCCAGAAGAGACCGUAUGUCGAAGAGGCAGAGAGGCUGAGGGUGCAGCACAUGCGAGAUUACCCUAACUACAAGUAUCGUCCCAGAAGGAAGAAACAGGUCAAACGGAUCUGCAAACGGGUAGAUCCCGGCUUCCUGCUGGGGAAUCUCUCCAGGGAUCAGGAUCUCAUACCAGAGAAGAGGACAUGCAGCAGGGGAGCAGGAGAAAAGGACAUUCCAGCUGAAUAUUCUACUAGUUCGGUCCUGCCAAACCUGGGGAGAUACCGGGAGGCCCACAGCAACAAUGUUGGCACUCCCAUGGACACCUACCCCUACGGUUUGCCCACCCCACCAGAGAUGUCUCCUUUGGAUGUGAUAGACCCUGAGCAGAGCUUCUUCUCCUCCCCUUGCCCAGAAGACCCUCACCACCCUCACAUGCCAGGUGGGUCUUACUCUCUGGAAUAUUCCAGCAGCUCUCUGCAGUGUAAUCAACCUCUAGGGCACAUGCCAGUCUCUCCAACAGGCUCCUCCAUCCUGCCUGCUCCUUCCAGCUGUCCAGCUUCCUCCUCGGCCAAUUAUUAUACUCCAACUUUCCAUCCUGCCAUCCAGUCUUCCAACCUCCACACCCAUCUGGGCCAACUCUCGCCACCCCCUGAACACCAGAACUUCGACAGCCUAGACCAGCUGAGCCAAGCAGAGCUCUUGGAGGAGAUGGACCGCAAUGAGUUUGACCAGUAUCUUAAUGCUACCAGCCAUCCAGAGCCCAGUGGGCUGAUCAUCAAUGGACACAUCCAGGUGUCUCAAACCCCAGGUGUCUCACAUUCGUCAGAGACCAGUCUCAUUUCUGUCCUAGCAGAUGCUACAGCGACUUACUACAAUAACUACAGCGUUUCCUAGGCCUGGACAGAAGGGGAUGUGCCCCAUGGACCAAACCAGAAAGGACUCUACAGUUUUACUGGCCUGCAGGUGCCUCCAAACGUUCUACUCCCUUUGCCACAGGAUUGCCUAGGCUGAACUUAAAUAUCUUUAGGGUUUUAUCUACUAGGUAAUUACUCUAAUUUAUCACACACAAACAACUCCCCCACACACUAAAUAUUGACUGACUUCAAAACAGUGUUCCUAGCUCACUUCAAAGAAGCAGAGAAUCAAAUCUCGAUGACAGAUGGAAUGUCUUAACAGAUCAGAUGAAAAGAAUUCUCACUCUUCAGUGAAGGUCUGCUUUGCCAGACAAUCCCAGGUUAUGGUGAUAGCAGAGAGUGGCUUCCAUAGUUUCCCCAUUGCAGAACACGGGAGGUAUGGCGAUUUGUAGCAAUUCCCUUUUUCUAUUGCAGGCCUUCAUGUUUCCCUUUAUGUUGCUGCUGAAGGACUGGUGACCCAAGGAACAACCUGGGGAAGGGGCUCAGUGGGCUGCAGCAGGAGGAGAGGGAAGGGGGAAAGGACUUUCCUUCACUUUGCAAAGUCUAUGAAUGGUUGGAUAUGCACUGAUAUCCAUGAUUCUUCCUUACUGGAGGUCAGCCAAGACCAAUGAGUCAGAAGUGGGGCUUUUCCGCUCUGGGUUGGAGGACAGGAGAAUAAUGUAAACUGCUUUGUGUCUCCAGUAAGAAGAAAGGCAGCUUAUAAAUGAAAUAACUGAACCUGAUACUAUUCCCCUGACAACUCUGGAGCUUUAAGGGACGCUUGCAAUCCAUGCCAAUAACAUUAGAUUCAGUUUCGGUUCAUGUCAUGUGCUUCUAUAUUCCAAUUUUGUACUUCUGUUUGAUAUGAUUUUUGUACCCUGCCCCCUGGAUAUCUGGGAAAAAUCUUAGGCCCAUUAUGUAUCAGGUAUCUGCUGUGCAGCAGGGGCAAAUGUCUGUUGCAGCGAGAUUUCUUGUAUGGAUGUAUUUCCCCGCACGCCAAUUUCAAUUUCCAUUCUCCUUGCAAAGUGACACCAUGUUAAGCGCAACUUUAAUUUGAGCACAGCAUAGAGAGGGAAAGAUUUGAGCACAGCUUUGCCUUGUACAUCUUCCCUCCACCCACCACCAGCCUCUCCCGUUCCUUCACGCUCCCGUGCACACCUCUCCCCUGCCCCCUUUGCAAAUUUGUUAUUACAUCAAUUUUUGUUAUUUAUUAUAUUGAUAUAUCAAAACAGAGAAUCACUGCAAAAUCACUGUCUUUUAUUGCAUUUGAAAACCAGGAA